CGGAUGUCAUCUCGUUCGAGCCCCUUACGAGUGGCCCGAGGGCAACAUGAAGCUUCCAUACGCUAGAUAUCCGCUUUGACAGCCAUUCUACAGUGUCGUCUGGAUAGAGUAUCGUUUCUAAUGGAUAUAUUGUUUAGGCCUACCGUGAGAGCGAAGUAUAAUUUAGCAUACGCAACACAAGGACGCAUAUUAUAUUAAGGUACCAAAGAAUGCCUCUCAGCACACUCGGCGUAGUGUCAGCAAUCACACCCUCGGUGAUAGAAACAUACUUCUCCCACUACCUCAACCGCGCACCGCUCAAGCAGAAGCCGACCGCGCAUAUAUCUUACCACGAGGGCCUGCGCCUCAUCCGGGAGUUUCUGGACUAUUCCUCCAAGCAUACAGUCGAGGACCUACAACAGUUCACCUCACAAUGGGUGCCCGCACCAACCUGGGUGCGGACGUACAACAACGAGAUCGCGCCGCAGUUUCUGGAACGAGCAGCAAGGGUGAUACGGUCACAGCUCGGUCCCAAUGGCAUCGAGAAGGUCGGUGGCGGUACGUGGUGGCAAUGGCGACGGCCGGAGAGUCCGCUCAAAGCGGAGUGGAUCGAGAUGAAGAAGGACUUCAAUGAGCGCAAGCGGGCAGGGACGAAGUGUGACAGAUGCAUACUGUAUGUGCACGGCGGAGCGUAUUACUUUGGCUCAGUGGACGAGCAUCGCUACCAGAUGCAGCGGCAUGCGCGGAAGUUAAAGGCCAGAGUGCUCGCACCGAGGUAUAGGGUGGCACCGCAGUUUCCGUUCCCUUGCGGGCUGAUGGACUGCAUUGCAACGUACUUCUAUCUGCUCGAACACUUCCGACCUCAGCAGAUACUGAUCAUGGGCGACUCUGCCGGAGCUGCAAUGGUGGUGAGCUUGCUGGUCGUUCUGCGAGACCAAGGCUGUGCGUUACCAGCAGGCACGGUACUGCUUAGUCCGUGGGUUGACUUGACACAUUCGUUCCCGUCAUGCGCCGGAGAUGGUGCCGGCGAUUACAUCCCACCGCAUGGCUUUCACCAUCUACCAUCAAUGGCCUGGCCUCCGCCGCCGAUAGACUCGGACAAGCGGCUACAAGGUCUGAAGGAGAAGUGGAAUGAGCGACAUGAAGGUGCGGUGGAGCUACCGGCAACGGCAGGGCUUGGUCUGAAGAGCAUCAACAACAGGCCUAACGACGAGGACGCCGAAUCGAUGCCGAAAAAGAAGAGCUCGCUCGACAACCCGUUGCCAGGCUUCGGUGAAAGCUUGACUCUUGCAGUGGAUGGCAAAGUUGUCGAGAUAAAGGAACAGAUCCAGCUCUAUGCGCCUAACGAUCUGCUCACGCACCCACUCGUCUCACCGGUCCAGCAGCCUUCGCUUGGCGGCCUCCCACCAAUGCUGAUACAAGUUGGCGGCGCAGAACUGGUUCGCGACGAACAGAUCUACCUUGCGCACAAAGCCGCAAAUCCCAAGGCUUUCCCUCCCGCAGACGCCGUGCUGGACGAGUAUGACCCUAGACGAGAAAUCCUGAACCGCUAUCCGCCCACAGACGUGCAGUUGCAGGUGUGGGAAGACCUGUGCCACGUGCCGCAUACGCUGUCCUUCACGCGGCCCGCAAAGUACAUGUACCGUUCCGUUGCGCAGUUUGGCGCAUGGGCCUUGGCGCAUGCGCAGCAGAAAGGCAUUGAUAUACAGGACGACGAUGCCAUCUCCGUCAUCUCUUCCGGGCCUGAAGAUGACGGCGAGGAUACGAAGGACUCUGCUAACAAGCUGAAGCGGAAGAAGACGAAGACGAAAGCUAGUCCGGUUGACGAUCCAGGCAAAGAGGUAGGUGCCGUAGGCCACGCGGGCGAUCCUAUUCCGCCCUUCAGGGAUCACAUGAUCCGGCAGCGGGUCACUCGCCACGGUGUCAUCUACCCAAUGGUGCCACAGGCCGAGAUUGCAUGUCUCGCCUUGGAUCCAGCAACUAUCGGUGCCAUCAAACCUGGUCCAGUCCGUAAAUGGCUCGCUAAGAAGACCGAGAAUCACACUCGGUACGCUAAUGAGGAGAAGAAAUUGCAGAAGAAGCGCGCCAAAGAGGUCGCGUUAGGAUAUGAUGAGAUCCCUGGCGAGUCGCCUCCACUGACGGCUCUGGUGCGUAGAAGGCGGAAGGGUAUUGUGCCGGAGGAGAAGAAGCGUGGGCGGAGCUGGGGUCUCGCGAUGUGGAGUGGCUGGGGUAGCUCCCACGAUGAGAGCACGCUGGAACGGGAGGAGAAGAUGGAGAAGGAGGCUGAGUCGCGAGCGAGGACUUCGGCGCUACCGGAUGCGAAGGCUGAGACUGCAUUAACGGGAGGUGACCAACCAGGCGGAGACCCAGACGGAACGGCGAAGGAGAAGGUGUUGAGGAAGCAGCGACGGACCAGUACUACGAGUGUGUUCUCUAAUGCCCGGUCGCAACGGGAGGUUGCGCGGGAGAGGCCGCGGAGCCCUUACCGACAAGUCACUGAUACUGGACAAGCUGGGCCCCGCAUCUCACCUAGUAUCCGGUCAGGCAGUUUCAUGUCCGACGACGGGCUAAUACCGACGGACAGAUCGAUGAACGGCAAUAUCCCUACCACGGGCUCGCUGGCGCCACAGAGUUUGCAAGUUCCAGGAAGCCAGAACACGUAUCUCGAGCCAGGCGGAAGUCGGCCACACAACAAUAUCAGCGCAUAUCCUUUUAAGCUGAAGCAGACGGGUCACAGUAAUCCCAGCGUUGCCACCUUGGAUAGCAAUGAGACUCGGAUGCCGUCGUCGCAAGUGUCGAUGAAUGGCGAAGGGUCGAGCAUAGCGCCUGUGGAAAUGCCGACACCAGCGAACGAGCACGCCAUGCCCAAUGAGCUUGAGCCACAGGAGAAGGAGGCGGAGCCCGUGUCUGCCAUCACGCCGACGAUAUAUGGGCCCGCGGCAGGCUUCCCUGGCGUGCGCAUAGCUCAGGCGGAAGAGGAGAUAAGUCCAGUCGAAGAGCCGGCCACUAUUUCACCUGUCGCGCCUUCUUUCCGAAGCCACGGCGCGGUGUUCGAUAACAGGUCGUCUGUAUUGGGCAAGAUCGGGGCGGAUGGUAUGCCGCUGCAACCAUUCCCGGGCCGGAAAGCGAAGAAGCCCAUGACGGUCCCUUCACCUCUUGCGGCGGCCUUGCCUGAGAACACAGUGCCACCCAGUACUUCUACGGAUGAAACUCCGCCGUCACCCAUCGCGCCGGAAGAGCAAGGACAUUCGUCCAAAACGUCCAAGCUUAAGCUACGCACACAGCCCGAUGGCCUAUUCACCACACCACCCAAUACCGACGGCGCCGUGGACGGCGUUGAUGGGUCACCCGUAACACCCAUCGACAACGACAAACCCGUUCCAUUCAAGAUCCGCAACCCAGUCUACGACCCAAGAGCAGGCGUCUCGCCAACAGGUGCCAGCUCAACAAGUCCAUCCGAAAAAGCAUCACCAGACAUGACGGCGUUGACGAAGCCAGGCGAAGCGACAGAUGCGACCAAAGCCGCGCCGUUCAAGCUACGACAUACCGUCUACGACCCGAGUGCUGGGUUCGGAGCGGCGGAAUACACCCAACCACCGCACAUGCCCGCCGUGGCGCAUGCAUCAAGGACGCCGUCGCCGAAACUGUCACACGCGGAGGAAGUCGCCAACCGCGCCAUGACGCCCAUCGACCUGCCGCCCAACGCGAAUGUGGUCAUCCCGACGGUGGUGGCGCGGAGGCCGAUGGCGUUGCGGCAGCAGACUCCGCCGCAGAUUCCGGUCAAGGAUCCGGCGAGGAGCACGACGCCGGUGGGUGGUGGUGGGAUCAUGGAUCGGAAGAGGAGUAAGGAGUUGUUAAAGGCUGAGUCGGCGGCGACGGAGAAGGAAGCGCCGGUGACUAAGUUUGGCGCUCCUCCGGUAAUCGGGGAUUUGUCCUUUGAGCGCGGGGGGUUCGAUUUCGAGGAUACGCGGGUGUAGGAAGUUUGGACGGACUAAUGGCUGUUGUUGGAGCGUGCUGCAUUGAUGGUAGGGGAAAGUGUAGGGUGUUGUAUAGUGGUUUAGUUGGAUUGGGUUCCUGUAAGAAAGCAUACCUUACAUCCGCCGGGGACUCUUGUUCCCAGCGUGGCGUCUUGUAACCACCUAUGGUUACCAAAGAAGCACGCCUGGUAUAUACUCAAUAUGCACAUUGAUACUAACCUACUCACCCUGCGGACCACGAGG